GGGUCCAAACCUCCCCAACAUCUGAGUGCGCUUGGGGGCGAGGAGGAGGAGGAGGAGGAGGAGGAGGAGGAGGGUGCAAGAGAUAUGGUGGUGGAGGGGAAGGAUGAGGAAGAGGAGGAGGGGGAAGGAAAACAGGUGGAAGAGGUGAAGGAGAAGGAGGAGAGAGAUAUGGAAGAGAAGGAGGAGGAGGAGGAGAGAGAUAUAGCGGAGAAGGAGGAGAAGAAAGAUAUAACGAAGAAGGAGGAGGAGAGAGAUAUAGCAGAGAAGGAGGAGGAGGAGGAGAAAGAUUUGGCGGAGAAGGAGGAGGAGGAGAGAGAUAUGGCGGAGGAGGACGAUGAGGAAGAGGAGGAAGAGGAGGGAGAGGAGGAGGAGGAGGAGGAAGAAGGAGAAGAUGAGGAGGAGGGAGAGGAGAAGGAGAACGAGGAAGAAGGAGAAGAGGAGGAGGAGGAGAGAGAUCUGGCAAAGAAGGAGGAGGACGAGGAAGAAGGAGAAGCAGAGGAGGAGGAGGAAGGAGAACAGGUGGAAGAGGAGAAGGAGGAGGAGAGAGAUAUGGCAGAGGAGGAGAAGGAAGAGGAAGGAGAAGCAGAGGAGGAGGACGAGGAGAAGAACGAGCAGGGUCGGAGAAAAAGAGAAGGAGGAGGAAGAGGAGGAGGAAAAGAGGAGGCUGAGGAGGAGGAGGGAGAAAAACAGGUGGGAGAGGUGAAGGAGGAGGUGGAGAGAGAUAUGGCGGAGAAGGAGGAGGAAGAGGAGAGAGAUAUGGAAGAGGACGAGGACGAGGAGGAAGAGGAGGGAGAGGAGAAGGAGGAGGAAAAAGGAGAAGAGGAGGAGGAGGACGAAGAGGAGGAGGACGAGGAGGAGAUAGAUCUGGAGGAGGAGGAGGAGGACGAUGAAGAAGGAGAAGCGGAGGAGGAGGAGGAAAGGGAACAGGUGGAAGAGGAGAAGGAGGAGGAGGAGAGACAUAUGGCGGAGGAGGAGAAGGAGGAGGAAGAAGAAGGACAAGCAGAGGAGGAUGGCGAAGGAUAACAGGUGGAAGGAGAGAGAUAUGGCGGAGAAGGAGGAGGAGGAGGAGGAGAGAUAUGGUGGAGGAAGAGGAGGAGGAAUAUGAGGAUAAGGAGGAGGAGGUUGAGGAGAGACAGGAGGAGGGUCGGGUUUGGGGGAGUAUCAAGAGAGAGUCCCGACCCUCCCCGACCCCGACCCUGACCCAUUCGGUCAAUCAAUCAACCAGCGAUUGAUUU